AUACAAUACAUUAGUGUCGGGUGAGGUGUGAUUUGUGAGCCACGAGAGGAGAGUCCCACUAAUAAACAUCCCAUUUAUCUCAAUUCUCAAUAACCCAACCAGCCAAGCCAAGCCAAGCCUCACCCACUUCGCCAAUUUCCUAUCUCUCAAACAUUUUCCAGAGCUAAAGAGACAAAUUGAGAGAUAACAGGAAUGAAGACACAAUCUGAGAAAUUUUCUCUAGAUUUUGUAUUGGGAGGUGUAGCGGCAGUGAUAUCAAGGAGUGCAGCUGCACCAAUGGAAAGAGUGAAACUUUUGUUACAAAAUCAAGGAGAGAUGAUAAAGAGAGGACAGCUCACGAGACCUUAUAUGGGUGUUGGUGAUUGCUUCAAAAGGGUCUUGAGAGAGGAAGGCCUGUUGUCUUUCUGGAGAGGCAACCAGGCAAAUGUCAUACGAUAUUUCCCUACUCAGGCUUUCAACUUUGCGUUCAAAGGUUACUUCAAAAGCAUAUUUGGACGCUCAAAAGAGAAGGAUGGAUACAUAAAGUGGUUUGCCGGUAAUGUGGCUUCAGGAAGUGCUGCUGGAGCAACUACUUCAUUGUUUCUAUACCAUUUGGAUUAUGCACGUACUCGUCUAGGCACUGAUGGAAGGCAGUGCCAAUUUAAUGGUCAACGCCAGUUUAAAGGGAUAAUAGAUGUAUACAGAAAAACCUUGUCAAGCGAUGGAAUUAUUGGCCUGUACCGGGGUUUUGGGGCUUCAAUCAUGGGAAUUACUCUGUAUAGAGGCAUGUAUUUUGGGAUCUAUGAUACGAUGAAGCCUAUUGUUUUGGUUGGGCCUUUUGAGGGAAAUUUUUUUGCUAGUUUCCUACUGGGUUGGAGCAUCACAACGGUCUCUGGCGUCUGUGCCUACCCCUUCGACACAGUGAGACGGAGAAUGAUGAUGACCUCUGGACAACCUGUAAAGUACCGUAAUGCCAUGCAUGCUUUUAGAGAGAUCGUUCACCAAGAGGGUUUUGCAGCAUUGUUUCGUGGAGUCACUGCAAAUAUGCUUCUUGGUGUGGCAGGGGCUGGGGUACUUGCGGGAUAUGAUCAGCUUCACAAAAUUGCAUACAAACAUGGUCAUUCCUUUGAGCCACAUCAAGGAGUUCUUAAGUGAAUCAUGGUCAUAGGAUUUGUAUAUUAUUAUAGAUUAUAAAUUUUUAACCCAAGAAGGGUCCAUUGAAAUUUUUCAUUUAGUAAAGAGGGGAAAAGAUGAAGGAAAGAAAGAAGAGGCUAGGAAGGAAGUAAACAUGGAUCUUUUGGGUCAGCUUCCUCCUUGAAUGCAAUGUCUUUGUACAGUUAAUAACUCUGCUGUUUUAUUUGUGAUACACUUUGUACGAUAAUAGUUUUUAUUAAUAGAACUAGGUUUUUUUGGGUAGUA